UUCAACUUUUUAAGUGUCCGAUUGUAAUUCGUAAUAAUUGAUAACAUUCAUCAAAAUUUCUGCUAGUUUAAUUUAACGAAGAAGUGCUAUUUUACAAAGCUUUCAUUUAGAUAGGAUUUACGAUAAUCAUUAUUAUUUGAUUAUGGCUACAAAUAAUGAUCCUACGAAUACCUCAAACAAUCCACCUUAUAAUACGAAUGAUCUUCCACCACCAUAUUCUGCUGUUGUAGGUAAUCCUCAAUAUGGAUUCGUUGUAACUUCAAAUGAACAAUUUCCUGCCGCUGGUGGUGUCUUCCCGCAACCGAAACAAUUCACUCCAGUAGGAGUUUAUCCUCAUCCUACUUCUGUUCAGCCUCAAACUAAUGUUCCGCCUCCGCUUCCUGGUAUGUCAGCGCCUGUUGGUGUCGUGAUGCCUCCUGAGGUUGGUAGUUUACCCACCACUGUGACUUGCUAUAACUGUGGCAAAGUUGUUGUAACAAAGGUUACAUAUACAACAUCUUGGCAUACUCAUCUUGUAGCUGGUUCAAUUUGUGUAAUCACUAUGGUUUGUUCAGUAUGCUGUCUUGGACUCAUACCUUAUUGCUUCGACACAUUUAAGGACGCUGAACACUACUGCCCCAACUGUAAUACAUUUAUUGGUAAAAGCAACAAAUGUUAAUGAAAUAUAUUAUAUAUAUAAUCUUCCUUGUAGCAUAUUGUAACAAUAUAUUGUAUGUUUAUUUGCACAAACUUCCUUGUAUGAUCUCUUGAUUAAAAUAACAUAUCUAGAAUUGUUACAUA